AUGAAGCGUAUCCGGCCGCAAGAAGAAGCAGCCCCGACAAAAGCGCAAAUAUUGGCUCGGCAGUUUCUUUCCCGAAAGCUGCCAAAUUUCACCGGCCAGCCAGAUGAGUGGCCGAUCUUCAUAAGCAGUUUCAAUACGACGACGAAAGCGUGCGGGUUUUCAAAUCUGGAGAACCUGGCGCGACUGCAGGAGAGCUUACGAGGCCCUGCUAGAGAAGCAGUGUGUAGUCGGAUGCUGUUGCCGCAAGCAGUACCAAAAAUCAUCGACACGUUGCGAAUGCUGUACGGACGACCGGAACAAAUCGGGUGUACAUUGCUAGUGAAAGUUCGGAAGGCGGAACCCCCAAAAGCAGACCGUUUGGAAACGUUCAUCGGUUUCGGGAUGGUAGUUCAGCAAUUAUGCGACCAUCUCGAAGCGACGCAGCUUAACGACCAUCUGGUAAACCCUUUACUGAUUCAGGAACUGGUCGAAAAGCUGCCGCCGUCGACGAAAAUGGAAUGGGUGCGGUUCAAGAGGCAGCAUGUUAGGAUCACUCUACGAACGUUGUCAGAUUUCUUGGCCGAUCUGGUGUCAACAGCAAGUGAAGCGACUGGGAUGAUCGAUACACAACCGAAUUCAUCCGAAGAACGCCGUGUCCAGUUUGUCGACGUACGGAUCAUCGGCUACGGAAUUGCGACGAGUUCCAAAAAAUGGGCAUUCCUGUGCCCGUCCUGCUUGAAUGGCCACGGAAAAAGUAGGUGCAAGGCGAACAUCCGGUGUAAAGUGGAGAGGUGUCGACGACCAGGCGAGCACAAUACAAUGCUCCAUCGUCCGCAGUUAGAGAUGCGAUCGGACUGCAACGCCCACAACGCAAUUGCGCAUACGCCGAUUAUCUUCCGGAUGAUUCCGGUAACGUUGAACUACGGAGGAAGGUCAGUCAAUACCAUGGCCUUUCUCGACGAAGGUAGCUCGUUGAUCGAGGGCCCCAUCGCGAGUCAAUUGAAAGCCAACGGGGAACCACAGCCGCUCCGUGUGACCUGGACGGCAGGUAUGAGUAGGUUGGAGAGAAAUUCGGUGGUGUUCAGUUUGACAAUAUCCGCCAUCGGAUCGAAGGAGCAGCUACCGAUCAAUGAGGUCCACACCGUGGAGGAACUCAAGUUGCCCAAACAGUCACUAAACUAUCGCGAACUAGCGGAGCGGUAUAGUCACCUACGGAACCUUCCGCUAGCAGAGUACUCGAGUGAAUCGCCGAGGAUCCUGAUAGGUUUGAAACACCUACAUUUGUUCGUGCCACUCGAAUCGCGAGUUGGACAGCCUGGAGAGCCGAUAGCUAUCCGAUCCAAACUGGGUUGGACGGUAUAUGGUCCGCAGGAAGGAGGAAGUGUAAGAACAGCUUACGUCGGUCAUCAUUCGUGCGUUGGUGUAUCCAAUCAGCAGCUGUACGAUCUACUGAAGUCGCACUACGUGCUAGAAGAGGCUGGAGUUACGGUAAAGGUACUUCCGGAGUCAGUGGAAGAUCGACGAGCCCGUGAGAUUCUAGAGAACACCACUAGGCGAGUAGGAGACAGAUUCGUCACGGGAAUGCUGUGGAGGGAAGACAACCCUACGUUUCCAGAUAGUUACCCGAUGGCAGCGCGCCGUAUGAAGACAUUGGAAAAACGUUUGGCACAGAGUCCACAGUUGCAGCAGAAUGUCGCAAAUCAACUGAUCGAGUAUCAAGCAAAAGGAUACUGUCAUGAAGCGUCAGCGAAAGAACUGAGAGACACAUACAAGAAGAAGAUCUGGUACCUACCCCUGAACGUUGUGAUCAAUCCGAAGAAGCCGAAUAAAGUUCGCCUUGUGUGGGAUGCUGCAGCCGCUGUGGGAGGGGUUUCGUUGAACUCAAAGCUCCUAAAAGGUCCAGACUUUCUCACAUCGCUGCCGUCGGUGGUGUGCAAGUUUCGGCAGUAUCGCGUUGGAUUUGGUGGAGAUAUCCGAGAGAUGUUCCACCAGCUGCAAAUUCGGCCGGAGGACAAGCAAGCGCUGCGGUUCAUGUUCGAUGAAAGGAUCUUCGUGAUGGAUUGUGCAAUUUUCGGGGCGACAUGUUCGCCAAGUCAGGCGUUGUACGUGAAGGAUCGUAACGCAAACGAGUUCGUGGAGCGAUUCCCGGAUGUCGUCGAUGCGAUCGUCCACCGACACUACGUGGACGAUUACCGCCGAGGAGGCGGUAAAAAAGUAUUGCAGCAGCUAGGUGAGUCAAAAGCGAAUCAAGUCGUUCAUUUCAACGCCGAUAAAGCCAAGGAGAACGAGCGGGUGUUAGGUAUCGUCUGGGAACCUCAAGCGGACGUGUUCACGUUUGCGAUGAAACUGCCGGAGAAUAUACAGCCCUGUCUGUCAGGGAACAAACGGCCGAUCAAAAGAAUCGUCCUCAGCAUCGUGAUGAGUUUGUUUGAUCCACUGGGACUGUUGACGAUGUUCACCAUCCAUGGCAAAAUGUUGAUCCAGGACCUGUGGCGCUCGGGUUGCGAUUGGGAUGAAUUCAUCGACGAUGAUUGUCUUAAGAAGUGGCAGAGAUGGACAGCAUUGUUGCCAGAUGUUGAGCAGGUGACAAUUCCCCGUCACUAUUUUCAAGGUGGCGGUUCGUUGGACUACGAUUCGUUGGAGUUACAUGUCUUCGUAGAUGCCAGCGAAGGGGCGUACGGCUGUGUGGCAUAUUUUCGUAUGAUAGUCGAUGGAGCUCCACGAUGUUCCCUGGUGCAAGCCAAAUCGAAAGUAGCACCUCUGCGAGCGUAUUCAACCCCACGUCUGGAACUCAUGGCGGCGGUUCUAGGAGCGAGAAUGGCCGAGACGAUUAGAGCGAACCAUAGUUUGACGGUGAAGCGCGUUCAGUUCUGGACAGAUUCGAGCACGGUGUAUUCCUGGAUUGUGUCAGAUCACCGCCGGUACAAAGUAUUCGUCGCAUACAGAAUCGGCGAAAUUUUAAGCAGAACGAGCCCCAUGGAAUGGCGUUGGGUUCGUACGAAACUAAACAUAGUAGACGACUUGACGAAGUGGAAGGCAGGAUUGAAGAUAGAGUCCACCAGCGCGUGGUUCACUGGACCAAAGUUUUUGUUAGAGGCGGAAGGCAAGUGGCCAAGCCCGGAGCCACCUCGGCCGAACGUGGUUGAUGAGCUUCGGGCUAGCUUCCUGUUUCAUCGAGCUGAGGAAGCAAGCGGAUUGAUCUAUUGCACCAGGAUUUCAAAGUGGACCAUUACGGUCCGCAUCAUCGCCAAUGUUCUUCGGUUCAUUUCCAACAUCCGGCGAAAACAACAAGAUUUGCCGAUCGAGGUACUACCAACCGACGCGGCAGUUGGUAACAAUCGGCGAGUGGUAGCGGUUACAGUGCGGUGUAUAGAGCGAUCGUUUUCGAGGGAAGAGUACCAGGCCGCAGAAUGUCUACUGUGGAGAAUGGCGCAGGAAGAAUCAUUUGUCGAUGAGGUAACGGUCCUACGCAGGUGCAGAGAAGGAAGGGUCGGUGAACUUGAGAAAUCCAGUCCGCUGUUCAAGUUGUCUCCGGUGCUGGAUGAAGAUAAUGUGUUGCGGAUGGACGGCAGAGUACAAGAGGGUGAGUUUGUUCCGUUCGAGUUGCGAUUUCCGGUCAUUCUACCAAGAGGCCAUCCGGUGACGAUCAAGAUAAUCGAACACUAUCAUCAGCUGUUUGGCCAUGCCAAUAAGGAGACUGUAGUAAACGAGCUAAGGCAAAGAUUUUAUAUCCCAGCUGUUCGCAGAGAGCUCGACAAGGUAGCACGAGAAUGCGUUUGGUGCAAGGUGCACAAAUGUAAGCCGAUGGUUCCGAGGAUGGCACCACUUCCAGUACAACGGACAACUCCGUUCAUCCGUCCAUUCAGCUACACAGGAGUGGACUUCUUCGGUCCGAUCAACGUCGUUGUGGGACGGCGCACCGAGAUGCGUUGGUGUGCGUUAUUCACCUGUUUAGGAACAAGAGCCAUCCAUCUGGAACUAGUCCACAGCUUGUCCACGCAGGCAUGCCUGAUGGCUAUCCGGAGGUUUGUCUGCCGGCGAGGAGUUCCGAUCGAAUACUUUUCCGAUAACGGGACGAAUUUCGUGGGUGCAAGCAAGGAGAUAGUGAAGAAAAUAGAAACCGACUGUUCGCAAGCGUUGACAAGUUCCCGGACACGGUGGAAUUUCAACCCACCCUCGGCGCCCCAUUUUGGGGGCGUAUGGGAGAGAUUGGUGCGGUCGGUUAAGGAGGCGAUGGAGGUGUUAGACGACGUACGAAGUGGCACAGCGAGCGGCCUGCGUUAG